AUGGUGACGGAGGCUUCUCUACCUCAAUACAUCUAUAAGAUUGUUCCCUCCACAGCGCCUGUUGUACAGCCACUUCCAGACCGCCUACCUGUUAGUGAACUCGAUCAGACUUCAGGGUUCGUUCAUCUGUCCACAGCAUCCCAGCUGGCAAACACGCUCAAGUUCUUUUUCCAAGAAGAGCCACUGGUGUAUAUUCUUCGCAUUGAAUAUAGCCGAGUGGCUCAAUAUAUCCGCUGGGAGUCUCCUGAUGGCAAAGUGUGUGGACCCCGCCCAGGCGAAGGACUGUUUCCGCAUCUAUACAAUGGCUUAAAGCUGGGUCACGAUGAAGUAGAGAGCGUCGCUGUGUGGCAGAACGACAAUGGAUGGGAUCAAGCCCUAGUCGGAGCUAAGGAUUGGCUCCUGUUUUGA